GACUAAUAUAUUGGCAUUAAUCAAUUUGAUUCGAUCCACUUGAUUCGGGAUAUAUGUGAUAAUAAUCUAUAGAACUAUAAAAUAGUGGACAUUGAUGAAGGCACGACGUGUAUUACAGACUUUUCUUAUAAACCAAACUGAAAAGUGUUUUCUUCUAUUUGGAAAUCAAACGAGCUCUAAUCCGAGGGGAUGUCUCACGUCCAGCCUCUGCUUCUUCUCCUUGCAUCGCUCUUCUUUUUACCUUUUACGCGUGCCGUCGACUUCGUUUAUUGCAACAAUGUUGGAUACGAUUUCGGUACGGUCACCGCUCUGGAGGUUGAGCCUAGUGACCAGAUAUUUGAAAUCUCACUAUCGUUUUCGACAAGUAGUACAAUUAAAAGCCCCAGCCUUGCGGCAACUCUAGACGUGUCCCUUAUGUUUGAAAAUAUGAAUAUUCUUCAAUCCAGCUCCCUCAUCUGUAAUACUGGUGUAUGCCCACUUGAACCUAGCAAGGACUAUGUUAUAAAUACUUCCGUAAUUCGUCCUUCAAUCCCUCAGAAUCCCAAGUAUGCCAUAAGUUUGAAUGAUAGACUUGGAGACAUUGGAGAGCCCGAAAAACUCUGUGUCAUAUUCGAUUUGCCUACUUGAUGAGCUGACAUUCCUACAUUUAUCUCUGCUUAUUCAAGUUGGGUGAAAAUAGUGGCUGAAAAGUCUCUUCCGCUCCA